CCGCUUCUCAUUGGAGGGUCGCUGCGCCUGGGCCGGCGGGGUCGCGGCGUUGCCUCGGAGUUGGACUUUGCCAUGAACUCCCCUGGAGGAAGGAGGCAGGAAACCACAGGACCCAGGGGUAGAAGGGCUCACAGACCCCGGGGACAGGACCAAGACGUGCAGUUGUCCAAGGCUCUGUCCUACGUGCUGCGGCAUGGGGCCCUGAAGCUGGGGCUUCCCAUGAGGGCUGAUGGCUUCGUGCCCCUCGGUACCCUCCUUCAGCUGCCCCAGUUCCAUGGCUUCUCGGCUGAAGACGUGCAGCGAGUUGUGGACACCAACGGGAAGCAGCGGUUUGCCCUGCAGCCAGGGGACCCCGGCACGGGCCCUCUCAUCCGGGCCAAUCAGGGUCACACCCUGCAGGUACCGGAGUUGGAGCUGAUGCCCCUGGAGACCCCACAGGCCCUGCCCCUGAGGCUCGUCCAUGGUACUUUCUGGCAGCACUGGCCAUCCAUCCUGCUCAGGGGCCUAUCCUGCCGGGGAAGGACACAUAUCCACCUGGCUCCGGGACUGCCUGGGGACCCUGGUGUCAUCAGUGGCAUGCGGCCAAAUUGUGAAGUGGCCGUGUUCAUUGAUGGGCCCCGGGCCCUGGCAGAUGGAAUCCCCUUUUUCCGCUCUGCCAAUGGAGUGAUCCUCACCCCGGGGAAUGCUGAUGGCUUCCUGCUUCCCAAGUACUUCAAGGAGGCCCUGCAGCUUCGCCCUACCCGUGAGAACCACCACCAUUCUCCUGAAAGUCCCUUUCCUUGGCUGGUAAUGAAGAGACAGAGUGUCAGAGUGGCCCCAAGCACAGCUCCAGAGGAAGCAGGAUGACCCAACAAUAAAAUAUUUAUUUUUUUUUAAAUGUAAAAAGAUAAAAAAAAAAAAAAAAGCUCCUGUUUGAAACCAUGAAUUAUCAUCACCCUGUAGCUAC